AUGGGUGCAAAAGAACACGAAAAUGGAACUGACUCUCCUAAAGUAGAGGUGGGAGAGAUAGACACCAGGGCACCAUUUCAAUCUGUCAAAGAUGCUGUCACCCUCUUUGGUGAAGGUGCUUUCUCAGGGGAAAAACCUGCCAUCAGAAAGGCAAAACCUCAAUCUGCUGAGAGGGUGUUGGCCAAGGAGACACAGCUUCACCUGGCCCAAAAGGAAUUGAACAAAUUAAAGGAUCAAUUAAAGAAUGCUGAAACAACUAAGACCCAAGGACUUGUAGAGCUUGAAAAGGCUAAAAGAACAGUAGAGGAUCUUGCUGAUAAACUCAAAACUGUUACUGAAUCAAAGGAGUCAGCAAUUAGGGAAACAGAAGCUGCAAAAAAUCAGGCAAAGCAAAUUGAAGAAACAAACAAAGGCAACCUUCCCGGAUCUGAUGGUGCAAGGAAACAGGACUUGGAAUCUACAAGGGAACAGUACAUGACCAUAUUUACUGAACUUGAUGCUGCAAAGCAAGAGCUAAGAAAAAUUCGUCAGGAGUGUGAUGCAUCCUUGGAAGCGAAGCUUGCUGCCUUCAACCAAGCUGCAAAAGCUGAACAUGAAGCCAAAGAAAAUGUGGAAAAAGUUAGUGAGCUCUCCAAGGAAAUCUCAGCCCUUCAGGAAUCAAUUGGGCAAGUGAAGCUUGUGGCUCUGGAAGCACACCAAGAGCAAGCAAAAAUAUUUGCUAAAAAAGAUGAUCUGAGGCAGUCAUAUAAAGCUACCCUGGAAGCAUCAGCAAAUAAACUUCUGACAUUGAAGAAUGAUUUUGAUCCUGAACUGGCCCCAAAUCUUGAAAAACAACUUGCUGAAACAAUGAAUGAGAUUGAUGCUCUGCAAAAGCAGAUGGAAAAUGCCAAGGCUUCAGAUCUGGACUCUGUGAGAACUGUUACUUCAGAGCUUGAUGAUGCUAAGGAGUCCCUACAAAAAGUAGCAGAAGAGGAAAACUCCUUGCGAAGCUUGUUGGAAUCUCUUAAUCUUGAGUUGGAGAAUGUGAAGAAGGAGCAUUCUCAACUGAAGGAGACGGAGGCAGAAACAGAAUCAAUUGCUGGGAACCUGCAUGUCAAGCUCCGCAAAAGUAAGUCUGAGCUGGAAGCAGCAGUUGCAGAGGAAUCCAAAAUGAACGGUGCUUCUGAAGAGAUGAUCUCUACUCUCCAGCAGCUAUCAUCAGAAGCAGUGAGUGCACGACAAGAAACUGAAGAGAUGAAGAGCAAAGCUGAAGAGUUGAAGAACAUAGCUGAAGCCACCAGGAUUGCACUAGAAGAAGCUGAGAAGAAGUUGAGGGUUGCUUUGGAAGAAGUUGAAGAAGCAAAAACAGCAGAAACUAGGGCCCUUGAUCAAAUCAAGGCAUUGUCUGAGCGAACUAAUGCUGCUCGUGCCUCAACUUCUGAGUUUGGUGCCAAGAUCACAAUAUCAAGGGAAGAGUUUGAGGCUUUGAGCCGGAAAGUCGAGGAGUCUGACACAUUGGCAGAAAUGAAAGUGGGUGCUGCUGUGGCACAAGUAGAAGCUGUAAAGGCUAGUGAAAAUGAGGCUCUCAAGAGGUUAGAGGCAAUGCAGAAGGAGAUUGAGGAUAUGAGGGCUGCAACUGAGGAUGCUUCGAAGAGAGCUGAGAUGGCUGAAGCAGCCAAGAGGGCGGUGGAGGGAGAACUUCGAAGGUGGCGUGAACGAGAGCAAAAGAAGGCUGCUGAAACUGCAUCACGAAUUCUGGCAGAAACACAAAUGGCUUCAGAAUCAUCCCCACACCAUUAUAGGAUUCAAAAGCAGAACCCAGCAAUUCAGACUGUAAUCGAGGUUCGGAAGUUGGAUAAAGAGAAGCUUAGUGUUUCGAAAAAGGCACUUCUACCUAAUCUGAGUGGUAUCUUCUAUAGAAAAAAGAACCAAGUUGAAGGUGGGUCUCCUUCUUUUCUGCCUGGAGAGAAGCCGGUGUGA